AUGAAGCCUAUCCCGCAUAUAUUGAUCAUAAUAGCUGCUUUGUGUUCUCAACCUGACAAUGCCACAUGCUCCACCGAGCCGGAGCUGGAUCUUCUGUCUCUGCUGGAUUUCAAGAACAGCAUAACCUUGGAUCCCCCUGCAGUCCUAGCCACCUGGAACUACAGCAUCCACUUCUGUGAGUGGGAAGGAGUCUCCUGUCACAGCACGAAGCACCCACGCCGUGUGACCGCCCUGGACCUUGCUAACCAAGGCUUGCUUGGCCACAUUUCACCCUCUCUUGGGAACCUGACAUUCCUCACAGCACUCAAUUUGUCGCAAAAUGGCCUCACCGGAAAGAUACAUCCUAGGCUGGGUCGCCUACAACACCUGGAGUUCCUGAUCUUGGGGAACAACUCAUUGCAAGGAAGAAUUCCCAAUGAACUCACCAACUGCACAAGCCUGAGGGCCUUGGACCUGUCCAGCAACCAACUGGUAGGAGAAAUUCCAGUCAAAAUUGCAUCAUUUUCAGAACUUGCCAGUCUAGACCUGUCUCGGAACAACAUCACUGGAGGAAUCCCAUCUUCGCUUGGCAACAUCUCAAGCUUGAGCGAGCUUAUAACCACAGAGAAUCAACUUGAGGGGAGUAUACCGGAUGAACUGGGACGGCUACAUCGUUUGACAUUGCUAGCCCUUGGUAGAAACAAGCUUUCAGGCCCAAUCCCACAAAGCAUCUUCAAUCUCUCUUCCCUGGAAAUCAUAUCCCUGGAAAGCAAUAAUCUGAGUAUGCUUAAUUUGCCACUUGAUCUUGGCACAAGUCUUCACAAUUUGCAAAAGCUUUACCUGGAUUGCAACCAGAUCAGUGGACCAAUCCCUCCUUCGCUGUCCAAUGCUACUCGCUUUGUGGAUAUAGAUUUGUCAUCCAAUUCUUUCACGGGUCAUGUGCCAACAACACUCGGAGGUCUUAGAGAACUCUCUUGGCUGAACCUUGAAUUCAAUCACAUCGAAGCAAAUGACACACAGAGCUGGAUGUUUAUGGAUGCCUUGACAAACUGCAGCUCCCUGAAUGCGCUCGCACUGUUCCAGAAUCAGCUAAAGGGAGAGCUACCAUGUUCUGUGGGAAAUCUGUCCUCCCGACUUCAAUAUCUCAUCUUGGGUCAAAAUGAACUUUCAGGUUCUGUCCCUUCUAAUAUCAGCAAUCUUCAAGGCCUUACUAACCUGGGACUAGACUCCAACAAUUUUGAUGGCACGAUAGUGGAAUGGGUAGGGAAAUUCAGGUACAUGGAGAAACUAUUCUUGGAAAACAACAGAUUUGUCGGUCCAGUUCCGACAUCAAUCGGCAAUCUUUCUCAACUUUGGUACGUGGCAUUAAAAUCAAAUAAAUUUGAAGGGUUUGUACCGGUAACUCUUGGGCAACUACAGCAUUUACAGAUUUUGGACAUUUCUGAUAACAACCUCAAUGGUAGCAUUCCAGGUGGCCUGUUUAGCAUUCCUGUGCUGAUCUCUUUCAACUUGUCAUACAAUUAUUUACAAGGAAUGCUGCCUCUGGAAGUUGGAAAUGCAAAUCAACUCAUGGAGAUAGAUAUAUCAUCAAACAAAAUAUAUGGGAAAAUACCGGAGACUCUUGGUAACUGUGAUUCACUUGAGAACAUCUUAAUGGGCAGUAACUUUCUCCAGGGAGAAAUCCCUUCGUCACUUAAAAACCUGAAAAGUUUGAACAUGCUCAAUCUUUCUUGGAAUAACUUGUCCGGAUCCAUUCCAGGUUUCCUUGGUAGUCUGCAAUUUCUGAGUCAGUUAGAUCUGUCUUACAACAAUCUACAAGGUGAAAUACCAAGAGAUGGAGUCUUUGCAAACUCCACUGCCCUCACAUUGGUUGGAAACAAGAACCUUUGUGGAGGACUUCUGGAGCUUCAGUUUCAACCAUGUCCUGUUCUGCCUUCAAGGAAGAGGAGAUUAUCUCGGUCACUCAAAAUAUUAAUCCUAGUUGCAUUCCCAGUGGUAGUUUUAGCAUUUGCUGCAACUGUACUCCUUUUCUGUAGGAAAAAAUUAAGAAAAACAACACCGACGGUGCUUUCUGUUCUUGAUGAGCACUUACCACAAGUUUCAUACAUGGAUCUUGCCAAAGCUACUGACAACUUCUCCCCAUCCGACGUGAUUGGACAAGGAGCACAUGGGUUCGUAUACAAAGGAUUUAUCAGUCACCUCAACUCAUUUGUGGCUGUCAAGGUCUUCAACCUUGAAAUGCAGGGAGCACAUCAUUCUUUUGUCGUUGAGUGUCAAGCCUUGAGACGUAUAAGGCAUCGAAAUCUUGUUAGUGUUCUCACUGCUUGCUCGAGUGUAGACUAUAAAGGAAACGAGUUUAAAGCAAUUAUUUAUGAGUUCAUGAGUUCAGGUAACUUGGAUAUGUAUUUACAUUCACAGGAAAGCAGUGAGCUUUCUCCUGGGCAUCUUAGCCUCACCCAAAGGCUAAACAUAGUUAUUGAUGUAGCAAAUGCACUGGAUUAUCUGCACAACAGCUUGCAGCCUCCAAUUGUUCAUUGUGAUCUGAAGCCUAGCAACAUCCUUCUAGAUGAUGACAUGAACGCUCAUGUGGGUGACUUUGGCCUUGCAAGACUUCGCAAUGAUGGGGCAUCAACCUCGACAGAAUGUUCAACUAGCACAGUCGGUUUCAGAGGAACAAUUGGGUAUACCGCUCCAGAGUAUGGGACUGGUGGUCAUAUCUCCACUGCAGCGGAUGUUUAUAGCUUUGGGGUUCUACUUCUAGAGAUGGUUACUGGAAAGAGACCAACUGAUAAAAUGUUUAUGGAAGGCAUGAGCAUUGUUAAUUUUGUGCAAAAGCACUUCCCUGACCAAAUAAUGCAGAUCCUUGAUGUCAGCCUGCAGGAAGAUGAUGAUGCCCUAUACAAAGCAACAGAAACUACAAGUGAAGGAAGGGUGCAUCAAUGUGUGCUAAUGAUGCUGGAAACGGGACUUGUAUGCACACGGCAAUCCCCAAAGGAACGGCCUGGCAUGCAGGAGGUUGCAAGAAAGUUGUACACAACAAGGGUAGCCUAUCUUGAAGAUGGUUCUUACUGA